AUGUGCGCUGCUGCGGUGCCUGACCGCUCCUCGCUGCCUGGAGACGAGUCGCGAGCGUUGAUCUUGUACUCGACCGUGAGCAGUCAUCCUGAUGCUCUUCCACAGCAUACCUCCAGUGUGCAGUCGGAUGCAUCGUUCGAGCGGCCCAGUACAAGCACCAGCGCCCAACCUAACAUGGCUUCUGCGGCCAGCCAGUGGGGAACUCUGAUCAAUCCGGAUAAGAGUCCAGCCUCGAUGCUGGAGCAGUUAUGUCUCGGGAUCGCACAGAUCAUGCACUCGUUCGACUCCAACCCGACAACCGACCUCACGCCAGACCGCCUCGCUGCCUUUUAUAGAAAGGUGGGGGGCAACUACGAUCCACUCUUUCUCGAAACAAAACCUCAGGCCUUGUCAUUUAUCUAUCAGUCUCUCGGCUGUUUUCAUAGUCUGCAACCGGCGUCCAGUCCAUAUGAGCCUCCAGCUAUCCCUUCGCUCUGCCCCAAUGGCUUUGUACGAUGGCAGACGAUCCAGCUUCUUAUGGACCCAGAUGAGCACUGGCGUUUCUUGAACAACGCCGUCGAGUCAUGGAACAUCGCAGACGCGAAAGGGGAGUUUUUCCCCAAGACCAUUCCCCGAGAUGCGUUUCCAUCCGAACCUGAUCCGGAGAUGCUGCAGUGGCAUGAAGGGGUUGCCAAACGACUCGAGCAUGAUUACAUCAAGAGAAACGUCCACCGAGCAUCGCCCCCUAACUUUGGCCCUUUUCACUAUCACUUCAGUGGGAAAGAUCCCUUGCCAGAGGAGGAAGACUACUUCUCUCAUCCGCCACAGCGGACAAGCUCGCGCCGACACAAGUCCUCAGCUCACUAUGAUUCCGAUCGUCCGACUAGUCGACGGAAAAGCCACCGACACAAGGACUCUUCCGACAGUCAUGACGAAUCAGGCCACAGAUCGGAUCCAAGGUCGCGUGUGAGGCCCGAUGGUGGCCGUUCGGGGGUGUCCUCACCUCGAACCCGGUCCCCGGGCAUGUCGCCAUACGUGGACCGCCCGCCGCGGCCUCGCGGUCGCGACUAUUCUGCCUGGCACACCAGUCCUCUAAGCGGCGAGAGAGAGGAUGCGGCAUCGCGUCCGAAUCCAUACUCUCACAGCCAUGGUCACUCUCAUUCCUAUUCGUACCCGCCGGAUGUGGACCCUUCAGAACCCUCUCCUCGCAAGCCGGUCCCCGAUUCCUUAUCAAGACAUCGCUCCCAUCGUCAUCGCAACUUAUCUCCCCCUGUUGAUUCACGUGGACGUCGUCAUUCGCACGAUGCAUAUACACGAAAACCAUAUCGAGAUCUCUCGCCUUCCGCUCCGGGGCGCGCUUACGCUAGCCAGGACCUUUACCCCCGAGAUCCAGUCAAUCUCGACACGAAGGGCGAUCGUACUCCCGGCCCCCAACGUCGGCCGACAUUCGUUUCCGUGAGCCCAUGUAUGACGGGCCGAUACCUACCCCGGCCCCUGAGCCUCCUCAAUACACUUCCAUGCCCCCACCGCGGUCCGUGCCUCGCCAACGAUUUAACCUUGAGCCAGAAGAAGGCCGCCGAGGCAGCUACAGCGGCGGAAGUACCGGUGGGAGUCACCCAGGCAGUGGUGGAAGUGGCUCCGAACGACCUCGAUCCUUCAGCGGACCUGGAGUUCCUCUCCGGUCAUCUCGUCGAUCAAGCCCCGUUCGGAGCGCAGCAGCCAAGCGAUAUAUGCCCAGUGGCGUGA